AUGGAAAAAUUGGAGACCGUUAUCCUAACUGAGACAUGGAAUGACCUUCUGGGAGCUAUAAAUAAAACAAGCUUAAGUUUACAGAAUAAUACUAUAACAAUGGACGUUGCAACAAAACUGUUUGCAUCACUUAGCGAGUAUAUUAGUAAUGCACGCAAUAAUUUUGAUCAGUAUGAAUCGGCCGCCAAAGAAAUUAAUCCAAAUUCUGACUAUAAAGAUAAAUUUCAAAGAAUAAGAAUUCGAAGCACACGUAUUACUUUUUUGGAAAAUCCAUCAGAGACUGUGCAGUUGAGUGGUAAAGAAAAAUUUUAUGUAGAAACGUUCCUUCCCAUAAUCGACACGCUAAAUACACAUUUAAUGCAACGAUCGGAAUCGUACAAAGAAAUUAAUGAACGUUUUAGUUUUUUUACUCAGUUACGAACAAUUGAACCUAAUCAUUUGAAAAAAAAAUGCAAAGAAUUGGCAGAUUUCUAUUGUGAAGACAUAAACACUAAUGAGUUAAAUUCAGAAUGUUUUCAUUUAAGGGAAUACUUGAAAACCUUCAAAAAUGAAUCCAUGGACUUAAGUAUCUUAGACAUACAUUCUUUAAUAAAAGCAGACAAAUUAGCAGAAACAUUCCCAAACGUGGAAGUUGCCACAAGGAUUUUCCUUUGCCUCAUGAUCACCAAUUGCAGUGGGGAGCGCUCAUUUUCACAACUAAAAAGAAUAAAAAACGAAUUAUGA